UGUGAAUGGCUUACACCGUACCAGUUACUCUGGCGAAAAAAUUACCGUUUGGGCUGAUGAAUCGGAUUGUUUGAUGAUGGUGAAGAAAAUAAGAGAGCGAACCAAAUCGAAAUUUACUUGCGUAAUUAGCACUGCAGUAGCAGCGAGCAUGACGGAUUACUUAAAAAGGAACAAGUUACCUGUACCAGAACAGACAUCUGGAGUAAUGGCAUUACUUCUGCACUUCCCAUCAAUAGAUCCAAUUAAACCUGUCGUAUUAGAGAAUAAAGCUGCUGGUCUUUGCUACUCGCUACCAUGCCAUACAUCCAACAAUAUAUUGGAUUUCUUACGAAAUGUUACAGCAUCAAUGAACGAACAGUUAAAAUACACCGAUGCCAUCAUUUCCUCCUUGCUGCUCAGAUACGCAAUGGGUUUUGUGCCAGUUAAAUUUAUUGACAAUUAUUUGGGAUUCGACGCUCAAACUUUCCUGCUCACCAACAUACCAGGUGGUUCUAGAAUCGAGAUGUUUGAUGGAUGCAUUUUGGAAAAAGUGGUCCCUGUAGCUCCCAAUGUCAAAGGAAUUGGCAUUUCAUUCGGAAUUAUCAGUUAUGAUAAUAAACUCCAAAUCGGUGUAACAGUAGACAAAGCUAUAACUACCAACCAAGAAGAAGUACAAAAAAUUGCAAACGACUUCUUUCGAAAUAUUCGCCUUCUAGACGUUGCAUCUAAAAAUAGUUGCUGAUUUAGCUGAAACUUUAAUUUAUAUUAUUUUUUAUGUGCUAGUUAUGUUUAUUAAUAGUAUGUAACUGUGAAUUUUAUAGGAUUAGAAUAUUUAUUAAAACUAGAAUUUAGUUCAAUGUCUUUACACAUGCUGACGUCUUUUUAUCUAAUGUAGGUUUAUGAAGGAAAUGAACUGUGAAUAAAGAAGAGAUAUUUGAAAA